UGUAUAUUUGUAGCAUUGAUGAUUUCCCACAUGAGCAUGACUGAAGCUAAUAAAAAAGUUGGACUUUGGUGGAAUUGGAUCCAUGUGAAAUUUGGUUUUGGAGGUCAUGGUCAAGGUCAAAAUCACAAAUGACGAAGUUCUUCGCGAGUUCAGGAAAGAUAAGACGUGAAGGGAUCAGUUAGCUCAAAUCCGACGCUCCUCGUAAUUCUAAUUUGAAAUGCAUUUUCGUUCGCAGCAGAAACGCAAAUGACGACGGAUGAGUUGUUGGUGACGACGUCUAAAGCCUUUCUGCGUGGUGCUUUUGGUAAGAACUCCUCCCAAGCUCGAAAAGUGUGUAUACUUCUUCCAAAAUAUUGAAUGACCGCAUCUAUUGUUCAGGAUUUUGAUCGUUGUCUUGUCAAGACAAUAUUUAACUUGAUGUGAAUGGGUUACGGUUAGGUCCCGACUUGUUGAGCAUUUAUAUCUUGAUGUUCUACUCUCGUCCCGUUGCUAGCCCUUCCAUUUUCUGCUGACAUGAUUAUGCGCAAGUAAUAAUUAAGAAAUUCAAGUUGAACUUGAAUAAUAACACGGAAAGGAAAAUAAACAAAAAAAUCCAUCAAGCAAGAUUCUCUUAUUGUGGUUCUCGAACAUCGAGAGUAUACUAAUUGCACCGUAAUAUUGAACAUAGUACAUCUCCAGUAUUGCAAAACCGAAAAUGACGAGGACGACGCUCCUUCUUGUGGUGUCUCAAUUGACAAAAAGUUGUUUCAUCGAGUCGGCGCAGGCGUUGAAAUGUUCGGUUUGGUCACCUGCCGGAACUUGGCCAGGACUCGGUGGCCCGGCGAAGGAAAAGCGGGCACGACGUACCGGCUCGCUGAGCAUCGCGGAGUCGUCUUUCAGAGAUGACUCAGACUCGCCGGGGUUCUUAGGUGAUCGCCUUCCCGGUCGUACGGAGGACGAGACCGCGCAUGCUAGAGGAAGAAGCGCUGGUCAUGGUCAUAGCAAAAGCCUCUCUUCAAUCAGCCUAAACAGCCAGACCGAGUCUUCGGAGUCUGAAGAUUCUGAUUCACAUCCAGACGAAGCAGGAGCUACGCCUGCGAGUCCGCCGUCCGAAGAGGAGCAUGUUGAUCUCAUGACAAUCGCCUUUCCCGGCGCGCGCGCGGCUCCACCGCGGCCUGCAGCCGGCGUUCUAGCAGGUCGUGGUCAUGGGCGUGCUGAACAGCGACCCGCAGGCGGUUCGCGGUCUCGAUCACGAACAAGAACUCCGAUUCGGUCCAGGCCUCCCGCGGCCUCUCUGCUGGCAGCAUCUCCGACGAGCGGAGGGAACCACGAGGACUCGGACGCGGCACGCGAAGAACAAGUCGACGAUGUCGCCAAGCGAGUAGAAAAAAUCGGACAGGAAAUGAUAAAAAAUGAAGACAGCAGCGGGUAA